AUGGCGGGCAACACUGGCUCUCAGGCUACAGUUGCAAGGAGGCCCAUAAAGAAGGCAAUUCAUGAUAUCCAUCAACAGGUAUGGGUCCUUCAAGGGAAAAGCCUCAUUGCAACUUCCCAGAAUUCAGGUGUGACUCCAGGUGUGUCUUGGACUCCUCUACUUUCUCUACAUGAGAUGAAAGGGGAGUCUCUUAAAUUGGCUUUCCUCCCUCAUCUCCUUGUUUUUCCCAUUAAAAGGCUUUUUCUUUCUAUUCCUCAGGACAAGAAUGUAAUGGACCUUUACAGAUCAAAAGAGACUCAGAAACAUUUUGUCCUUUACCGCAAGGAGACUAGCAGUGCCGGGAUUCCAUGGAUUACCGUGGAGUCAGCUGCCUGUCCUGGCUGGUUCAUCUGCACCUCUGAUAAGGUGGGAGAGCCUGUCAAGAUGACCAAGGACUCCGGGAAACAAAAUAACACAGCCUUCCAAUUACAAGCCUUUCCAUUUCUAAAAGUCUCCAAUGUUAUAACCUCCUUGAGCUAGGCAAGGUUGCUAUUAUUAGCCCCAUUUUACAAAUGUGAAAUCAAGGUCUGUGACUUGUCUAAGAUCACAGAGUUGGUGAGUAGUUCAGCUCACAGUUGGACCAGGUCUCUUUCCCCCUGUCCUUACAUUUUUAAGUCCCAUACUUUGGGAGUUCUUGCUCUUCUCAUGACUGAUACCUGAGCUAUGCUGACUUCCUUUUUCCUAGCUUUUUAAAUACUUUGCUCUAAUACCUUGGGCUGUUUUCUCCUGAAUCUGAAGCCUGUUCCAACAGGUGAGACUCAUGGGCCAUCCCAAAUUUAUAUCUCCCUUAUCAGAUGCCAAGGACAGGGGGGAGAAAAUAUUAGAGAUGAUGAGAGAAAUAUUGCAAACACUGCUACUAUACAGUGCAGGGGAGGUGGGAGAGAGAUAUUUGGUGAAUAUCAUCCCUGUACCCCAUCAUUUCCACACUGAAGUGAAAUGUCAAUUAUAGAAUUAUCGGUUUAGAUUUGGAAAGGAUUUUAGAGGUCAUUUAGUCUAAAGCCAGGCAAAUUGUCAGCUGCCACCAAGUCCAAUUAAGACGUAAUUAGGAAAUGUUUAACAAAAGAAAUAAAAGUAAAUA